AUGCCCGGUUUACAGUGGGCCCAUCAUCCCGAAACUGAUGAAACGAAUAAUGUCGACUCUGUGUUACCGCUUAAAUCUCAAAACUCGGACCUUGAUCCAUCUCCAACAACAAAAUCCAAGAGCUCCUUGCGACCUAGUGGUUCCUUGAAACGUCGGCCCUCGGCUAAUACGCGCUACAUGAAUAUGCUAUUGGAGCUGGAUGCGGUACCGAAGUUCCAUAAUAUGCUUGCAUCCUUCUUUACUUGGAUUCUUUUGGCAGGAUUUGUUAUAUUCCCCGGCACGUUUACCUCGAUUCAACAAUUGGAUCUUGACGAUCCUUCCCGAUCUAAUGCGGAGAGGUGGAUCCUAAGUCAGGUCAAGAAUAUACCCUUACUUGUAAUUGCCGGUCUUUGUUGUGUCAUUGGAGCCGUUGGAAUGAUCUGGCUUUGGCGUCGGUGGCACAAAAACUUCAUCUGGCUCGUCAACCGCAUUUUCCUGCCGGGGACGCUCCAUGGACUCGCUGGUGAGAUAUCGACCCUUGUUAAUGUAUUCAGUCAACAAGGAGGAAAGUUCUCGACUACCGCUAUUAUAACCACCGUAGUAACCGGGGCAUGCACAGUCGUAUGUGGCGUAUUGGUGUUAUUCUAUUCGAGCUGGAAGCUCGAACGAGUCAAACGCGCUCAUCAUAAAACCCUUGGAACGGAAGAUCAGUGGUAUGGUGAUGAAUAUGAGGGGGUAAUGGAGCGAGCGAAAAAGCGAGCAAGGGAGCUCGAACCCGAAUCAGGGACAACUAUUCAAACACGUCUAAGCUAG